AGCUGGCAGAAAGUAUUUGAGAUGACUGAAAACUCAUUUAAAAGAAGUCCUAUUUAUUUAUAUUGGGACAAAUUGCCUAUUGAAAAGGUUCAGUUUCAGUUGAUUGAUAAAUGGCCUACAACUGUAUUCAUUUUCAACGGUACAGGGACAAAUUCUACAUCGUGGUUCCAGAAAGACAAAGUCCUUGUAAAUCCACUGCAGGACUGGGAUCUACAGGACCUUACUUUCAAUGAGAAUUUCAGUCACCCGUAUUUUAGAAUCGAGAAUUCUUACCAGGUUACGAUUGAAGCCAAAAGAGAAAUCGGAAAUAAUGAAAAGUAUGAUAUUUUCCUGAAUGUCCCAUCCAGUUUUCAGAACACCUACAAAGCCCUGAUCAUCUCAGUCCUUUUCAAUUAGAAUAUACAUCAUUAGAAAAACUGCGUAUUCUUACAUUCACACAUACGUAUAUACGUACGUACGUACAUACAUUUAUACAUACAUACAUACAUACAUACAUACAUAAAUAGAUACAUACAUAUAUACAUGCAUACAUACACACAUACAUACACACACACGUACAUACAUACAUACAUACAUACAUACAUACGUACGUACGUACAUACACACACACAUGCAUACAUACAUAUAUACAUGCAUGCAUACAUGCAUACACGCACGCACAAAUGCAUACAUCCAUACAUUCGCAUCACACCACGCACACACUACAACUGACCAACUACUUUCUCCCUUUCUCCCUUCCCCAUUUUCACACUACAUACGUCAAGAUCACCAGCAUUCUACCUCCCACACACAGCCCCUCGUUCCCGAUCACCGUUUGUUAUCUCCCCCUUUCUUAGCUCUCCUGAAAUAAGAAUUUCUAACUUCCGGUCAAUCAUUGUUAUGACUGGCCAUUAUUAUGAUUGACCGUUGACUGAACACUAUUCAAUUUUUUUCUCCGUGUUUUUCUCCUUGUCUCCGUAUUCUUUCUGUUGAAGAGCGUAGCUCGAAACGUCAAAGACUUUCCGUAUUCCCGAGCGUCAU